AGCUUCAGGAUCUUCAGCAAUCUUCAGGUCUUGUGCAGCAACCAAUAUUUUCCAAUGGCAGGUGUUACCACUGAGCCUGUGCCAAUCACCGAUGCUGCCCCUGUGACCAGUGCAGUUCAGAUGGGCACUGGAAUGCCGAUCAGCACAACCUAUCCUAUGGAGCCUAUGGGUGCAGUGGCCUAUACUGAUGCCGGGUACGGCAUGGCAGGCGCCCCAGUGGUCUACUCCUCGCCCUACAUGCCCGGAGCCGAGUCGAUUGGUGCCAUGCCCAUGAUGGCGUACACCACGGAGAUGCCAUACCCGGCCUACAGCAAUUUGGACCAUUCCCAGGGCAAGUGGUUCGCCCCCGGCGAGAUGUUGCCUGCCGGCUACAUCGUCACAGCGCACCCUGAGGGUCACACCGCGCCGCAGGAAGGCCACUCGAUGUCCGACAAGGCACGUGAGAGCUUUGUGAUCACCACUGGCACCAAGCUUGCAUCUGCUCCCAAGGCUGAUGCAACGAGAUGCAACGUGUAAGCAACGUGCUGCGUGCUGCGUGGCACAUCCUUACGAUGCAAAAAAGACGACCUCUGCUAUCAGGCUAAGAAGAGCAAGAAGAGCAAGAAGUCCAGCUGCUGCUGAGCCUGAAAGGCGAUGCUUUUUGCCGUGGCUAAAAGGGACGCUCUUUGUAGCCCGUUCAGUGCGGAAUUCACCGAUUUGUAGCGAGUUCAGUGCGAUGUUUUGAUGAUUUUUGAUGUGUUUUGUGUUGCAAGCGGACUCCCAAAAAGCCGAAUAUACCAUAUGGUGGUGGUGCCCCUGGCUUGUUGGGAAGACAUUGGCCGUCUCCCUGCGGAGCAAGGCAAAGGGCACACAUUCUCCACCCGUUUUGCCAAAUGAUCCAUCCUGACGGCGGCAAAGUACAGGUCCAGAUGCCAAUUCGGAAGAUCACAUGAUUCAUGCAUUUUCAUGCGAUUUCUGCUGCC